AUGUCGAUAGCGUUUGCAUACACAUGCGCUUCAAAUCAAUUCAUUGAUAUGGAUGAGGAAGAUUGUGGACCAACGGGAUAUUGCUAUCUGGUGCAUAGAGGAGGCAAAGUUGAGGAGCGUGGUUGUGAUCAUGCUUUCAUUUGUGAGAUGCUGAUUGAGCAAGGAUCUCUAGAAAAAGAUGGAUGUUCUGCUGACGAUGACAUACCUUACGGAUCAAAACAGCAUGGCAAAGUAUGCUGUUGCACUGGCAUUGAUUACUGCAACCGUUCUCUUAGCGAAAUUGGAACUGCGCAGAAACAUCGACGGAAGAGAGCAACGGAUUUGUGA